AUGCCACGACAACUGCCGUGGAAAGUCGGAGGCGUGGCCACGAAGCAGACGUCCUCGCGCCCCAAACCCGCAGCGAGUCUAGCGAACCCAGCUCCGUCUCAUCCCGUCCUACCAACACCAAAACCAAAAUCUGAACCGACAUCGAACCUGAGUAGGAAGCGGAGGCGGAGUCUGGCGCUCACCUCUGGCACUCGAUCGCCCUCCACCUCGCCGCCACCUGAGCCACACAAGGAAGAGUUCAUGAUUGAGGGAAUGGACCAUGACGACCAGUAUCGCAUGGUCGAGGACGAGUUCCUCGCCGUGGCGGGGGAGUUCACGCGCCACCUGCACGCCGCCGAAUACCAGCGCCUCAAGGGCCUGGCCAAGUCCCAGAACGCCGAGGCCAUCCAAAACAUAUCGCGGCCCGUCACCGGCAAAAUGACGGACCUCGUGAAACGGCGCCAUGCAGCCCUCAACACAGCUUCCAGCCAGCGGAAGGGUAUCGCGAAAGUAUGGGGCAAGCCGUCUGCUGGAAACGGAUCAAUGACUGGGGACGAGAAGGAACCGUCUCAUCGGCCUGCUACGCUGCUCCAGGGGCUGAUGGACAGUCCGAGGAAGCAAACCGUCCUUUUGACCUCGGUAAUGACGGGAGCACGGGCGAGCUCAGGUCAUCGGGAUGCCGUGGACGUUAGUCCGUCGAGAAGACGUCUGAAUGCUGGGUUCGUGCGCAGCAACAGCCUGGCUCUGCCGGAACGGAAGCAUCGGGUACCCUCUGUCCGACUCGAGUCUGAGCCAGCACCGGACUCGGACGAUGAUGACGACCUUGACGCUCAACCCUUUUGGCCUCGCAAACCUGAACCACGGCGUCCGGAGCCAGAUUUGAGACUCCCCUCCAAGCGGGCAUCAACCCAAUUACCUCCCACAAGGACAAGAUCCGAACCCAGCGAUGCCCGCAAUCCAUUUCUCAAGAUCGACACAGCACGGCUACCCCCUCUAGCUCAGCAAAGCUCUGAAAGCAAGGAAAAAGUCUCAGGCAACGACAAGGACGAGGAAUAUGAUGAUCCCCUCGCCAGAAUACGCGCCCGUAGAGCAGAACAGAAGCGACGUCGCGAAACAAAGGUUCAAGACGGCGUCAAGGAGUUGGAAAGCCAAGCAGCAGCGCUCAACUCGAUCCCCUUCAUAUGA